AACAGUUUAUAAUAUAGAGUCCCUAGGAGUGUGGGCCCAAGACAGGGAUGGGCAGGUAUACAGAACAACACGUGACUAUGCCUCUGCUGGGGUUGGUGUGACCCCCAUACAUUGUUUAUCUGUAUUGUAGGGGGCCAUGCUUGGGGUUCACAGCUAUUCUUGGGCACUGCCACUCUCUGUCUUCUGUGGUACAGGAUGUUCAUGUACUUUUCCAGACAUAAUAUUAUCUUUAUUAUAAUGGAGCCGGCACACCCGGCCAGGCGCAGCGGGUACAGUCCUAGGUCACGUGGCCGGUCACGUUAUCCGCUCAUCUCUGUUGCCCUUGAGCUGGGCUGUACUCCGUGCCGUGUGAAGUCACUUUGUGAUUGACAGCUCUUCUGUCCAAUCAGCGAACAGGCCCGAGAGCCGACGACCAAUGGCGGGGCGGGCAGGUGUGGCCGGGGCCUCAGUGAGCGUGUCGUGCAGCAGGCUGGCGCUGGGCGCUCUCUCCUCGGGAUGUGGCAGCAGGUGGUCCGCGGUGUCUCGGCUGGGAUCGUGGGAUGGCUCCGCUCCCGCCUGCCCCCGGUGUGCAGCUACGGGAGGGCACAGCACCGCUAUGGAGAACGCAACGCCAGGGCUCUUAUCCGGGGCCUGCGCUACAGGAACAGGCCGGGGAGGACGGGCAGGCUGCUGGCUGCGCUCACCGGGGCCUUCCUAUGGGAAGAGGAGCGGGUGCGGGAGGAAGAGAUCCUCAGGUCGGCGGAGGAGAUGAAGCGCAUGCAGCAGACACGUCGCAUGUCUCAGGGGCAGACCCAAUUGUUCGAUGACGGUGAAGAAGGCUGGGAGCUGGUGAUGGAUAAAAAGGACUUUCGGCUGUGGAGGCGACCAAUCGAGGGGACGCACCUAUACCAAUACAGAGUGUUCGGCUCGUACAAGGACGUGACGCCUCGCCAGUUCUUUAAUGUCCAGCUGGACACGGAGUAUCGUAAGAAGUGGGACGCGCUAGUCAUUAAACUGGAAGUGAUUGAGAGAGAUGUGGUCUCUGGAUCUGAAGUCAUUCACUGGGUCACUCAUUUCCCUUAUCCAAUGUAUUCCCGGGAUUAUGUCUACGUCAGGAAGUAUCACAUCGACCAGGAGAACAACCUCAUGGUUCUGGUGUCUCGGGCAGUGGAACAUCCUGAGGUGCCGGAAUCUCCUAACUACGUACGGGUUCGUAACUACCAGUCGCAGAUGGUGAUCAGGCCGCACGUGUCAUUUGAUGAGAACGGCUUUGACUACAUGCUGACCUACAGUGACAACCCACAGACUGUGUUUCCUCGCUACUGUGUAAACUGGAUGGUGUCCAGUGGGAUGCCGGAUUUCUUAGACAAGCUGCACCUAGCGACACUCCGCGCCAGAACCAUGGAGAUCAAAGUAAGGGACUACAUAUCCUCCCGACCUCAGGACUGCAGCAGUGAAUCUAGAGCCAGCCCCGAACGAAAACCGGCGGCAGCGCACGCCGCAACGCAGAUGGACUAUGCAUAAAAGGGGGCGCUAACGGCCCUGCCUUACCGCCACAAUUGGAGGCCACAGCUAUAGGACAGUGCAAGGCCUUACACCCGCUAAGCAGCAGCAUUUCAAAUGAAACCAGAUACUGCCAAGAAAAACCAUCCAAUCCUUACGAGGCCGUCUGUGCCUUGUUCUACAUCUGAUGCGCUGCUUGUGCCCGGUGCCCCCUCCACUGCUGCAGGGUAACGCUUCGUGGACCUCGCCAAUAGGAAAGCAAAACCUAAAUGUUGUGUCUUGUAGGGUCCGUCUUGUCCGACAUACUUUCCUGUGAGAACAUUGGGGAAUUUCUACGGUAUUAUUAUUAGGGAACAGUUGCAUGGCAGAAGGAAGCAUCUUGGCCUUUUACAUUUACUUUUUUGUUGUUUUUUUUUUUUUUUGCAAACAAGGACUGGGUUAAUCAAUCGCACGAAUGUUGACAAUUAAUUUCGAUGUCUACUUGCGGUGAUAUGGAGAAUUGACUUUUUUUUUUUUUCUUUUU